AUAUGUGUGUGUGUGACAGCAGAACCAGAAGGUCAAAAGCCAAUUCUGCAGUUUUAAUGGAGAAGCCAUGGAAGUUGAAGCUGAAGUUGAAGAGCAAGAGCUUAAACUUUCUACCAAAAACUGCAACUCCUGCUACUUCCCUCAACUCACCUAGAAGUCCCGUUAGAUCCCCAGUUAGAAGAGGAUCAACAAGGGUAUCUUUAGUCCCCAAGGAGGCUCGAAGAAGGUCCAAAAAUGGAAGCUUUGAUUGGAGAGAACCCACUUCACCAAAAGUCUCAUGUCUGGGCCAAAUCACCAGGAGCAAGAAGACGACCGAGAACAACAAACCCAGUUUGGCUUCUCCACAGAAAGCUAGUUCCCCUGCCUUUCCAAGUCCCAGGAAGCAAAUCAUCAUGAUUGGGAAGAUUUUGAAAAAGGGAUCAAAAAGUUGUAAGAAGUCUGAAGAUGAAGAUAGACAACCUCCUUCACCUCCUAAAGUAAUAGUUAGUGCUCCUCCUUCUUUGGGUCGGAUGAAACAGUUUGAAAGUGGUCGUGGUGGUGCCUUGCACCAGUUUGAUUGGAAGAAUACUGUGUCUGAUGGUGAUGAUGACAAGGUGGUUUUGUCUAGUCUUGAAGCCAUGGAUGAAAAAGUGGGUGCAGAGGGAAGAAAAGAAGUCAACUUGUGGAGGAGAAGGUCCUUGGCUCCUCCUACUCCUCUUCAGAUAUGAAAAUUAUUCAAUAUAUAUAUAUAUAUAUUGUGGUUUAUUUUCCUUUCUUCUUUUCGCUUCUUUGUUUUCAAUUUAUCCUUUGUAUUUGAAA